AGCUCCAUCAGUAGCCCGAGGCAGCUUCAACUUUUUUCUUUUUCCAACCUCCGACUGCCACUCCAGGAGACAGAGAGCAGAAAGCCCCUCCUGAGACUUUUAGGAACAGAGUACGAGGUGACCAUGAAGCUGGCUACAAUUCGCAGCGCCUGCCGUAGCAUCCGAGCGUGCAAUCCCCGUCCAGGAAGCAGAUUCAGCGGCAUACCGCGGGGAUGUCCGCCGGUCGGGACGACCAACAGCCGGUUAACCCUUCGGACGGCUAGCACUGCUGCUAGCAGCGGCACCAGCCCCACGUUCACCGCAAACUUCGGGAAGCAGCACGGAGAGGAUGACUGGUCGGAAUUCAAUAGAUCGGUCGGGGAAGUGGUUCAGAACACCAAGGAGGCGAUUGCAACUCUGCAAAGAAGAAAUCCUGGAGUCCAGCCUCUGUUGGUCAUCCUGCAGGCUGGCGAAGACGACGGCGUGUUGGAGAUCAAUCAGAAAAUAGCAGGAAAGAUCGGCGUGAACGCCACUCAGAUUUGUUUGGCAAAGAACUGCAGCGAGGAUGAAAUAGUUGAAGAGUUGCUGAAGCUCAACGAUGACCCCGGGGUGCACGGAGUCUUCCUCCACCUCCCGCCGGCUUCCCUCACCUCUCGAGUGCUCAGCGCGCUCCGACCAGAGAAGGAUGUUGAUGGCAUUUCGGAUUUGAAUAUUGGCCGGCUGGUCAGAGGAGACAUGAGCAAAGGGUUUGUUCCACCGAUGGCAAGCGCUGUUUUGGAUCUGCUCGGAAAACAUGAUGCUCCUUUGAAAGGGAAAUCUGUGUUGCUGGUAGGAGGACAAGGGCCCCCGAGGUUGGCCCUACAGUGCCUGAUUGAAAGAAGCGGGAUGUCGGUUCAAACUAAUCACUGGAACUCAAAGAACUUGAAGACGCAGGUAAUGCAGGCCGAUGCUGUGGUUAUGUUAAGUGCAGGAAACGCGGACAUUCUGCCCUCCUGGGCUCGACCAGAGGCGGUCAUCAUUCGCUGUGAGCCGGCUCUGGAGCCAGAUGAUGAUAUCAUUGAGUUGUCGUCGAGCUCUGGAUUAGGAUACCUCACAGCUGCCUACAGAGCACAGAACGUGGUGCAAAGCUGCAGUCGGUGGCUCCAGGAGCAGCAGUACAGACCCUGGCACCUGCACAGCCUUAAACUGCAACCCCUAAACCCCGUUCCCACUGACAUUGAGAUCUCAAGGGCUCAGACACCAAAGCCUGUAGCUCAGCUAGCCGAGGAGAUUGGUUUGCUGCCAGAGGAGCUCGAAGCGUACGGGAGGAACAAAGCUAAGGUCCGACUCUCCCUCCUGGACCGCCUCCACUCCCAGCCUGAUGGCAAAUACGUACUGGUUGCUGGUAUAACGCCCACUCCCCUCGGUGAGGGUAAAAGCACGGUGACCAUAGGCCUGGUGCAGGCGUUGUCUGCCCACCUCAAGCUUAACUCCUUCGCUUGCCUUCGACAGCCUUCUCAGGGACCUACCUUUGGAGUUAAAGGGGGAGCUGCAGGAGGAGGUUAUGCCCAGGUCAUCCCUAUGGAAGAGUUCAAUCUCCAUUUGACGGGUGACAUCCAUGCCAUCACAGCAGCCAAUAACCUGGUGGCUGCAGCUAUCGAUGCCAGGAUGCUCCAUGAGGCAACGCAAUCUGACAAGGCCCUGUUCAACAGACUGGUCCCUUCAGUAAACGGAGUUAGGAAAUUCUCUCCCAUCCAGAUCUCCAGGCUUCGGCGUCUCGGUAUCAAUAAAACAGAUCCCGCCUCCCUUACGCCCCAAGAAGUCAGCAGCUUCGUACGACUAGAUCUCGAUCCUUCAAAGAUUACCUGGCAGAGAGUUGUUGAUACAAAUGACCGCUUCCUGAGAAAAAUCACAGUGGGACAGGCGAGCACCGAAAAAGGACAGAUCAGAGAGACUGGUUUUGACAUUGCGGUGGCCAGCGAGAUCAUGGCGAUCCUGGCCCUCGCAGACAGCCUGGAGGACAUGAAGAGCAGACUGGCCCGCAUGGUGGUGGGAACCAGUCGCUCUGGACAACCUGUCACAGCUGAGGACCUGGGUGUAAGUGGUGCGCUGGCGGUGCUAAUGAAAGACGCUAUCAAGCCCACACUGAUGCAGACCCUCGAGGGUACCCCGGUGUUUGUCCACGCUGGGCCCUUCGCCAACAUCGCCCAUGGCAACUCCUCGGUGCUGGCAGACAAGCUGGCUUUGAAGUUGGUCGGACGGGACGGCUACGUGGUGACUGAAGCCGGGUUUGGAGCAGACAUCGGGAUGGAGAAAUUCUUCAAUAUCAAAUGUCGAGCGUCCGGUUUGAGGCCCAACGCCGUGGUGUUGGUCGCAACUGUUCGAGCGCUGAAGAUGCAUGGAGGGGGCCCAAAUGUGUCGGCUGGUGCGCCUCUUCCCAAAGAGUACAUUGACGAGAACCUCAGCCUUGUUGCAGGCGGAUGCCGUAGCAAUCUUCAGAAGCAGAUCCAGAUUGCCCACCUGUUCGGGGUCCCUGUAGUCGUGGCCCUCAAUGUGUUCAGGACGGACACCCAGGCAGAGAUUGACCUGGUGUGCCGGCUGGCCAAAGAGUGCGGCGCUUCUGACGCUGUGCCGUGUCAGCACUGGUCGCAGGGCGGGCGAGGCUCUGUGGAGCUGGCCAGGGCUGUGGAGGAGGCAGCCCGCAGACCCACAAACUUCCACUUCCUGUAUGAUACAGAGAUGCCGAUACUGGAGAAGAUCAGAACGAUAGCCCAGAGGGUGUACGGAGCCGAGGACAUCGAGCUGUCUCCAGAGGCCCGCAGCAAAAUAGAUUACUAUAAUCAACAAGGUUAUGGAGCAUUACCCAUCUGCAUGGCCAAGACCCAUCUGUCCCUGUCCCACAUGCCUGACAGGAAGGGCGCCCCCACUGGGUUUGUUCUGCCAAUCAGAGAUGUCCGUGCUAGCAUCGGAGCGGGCUUCAUCUACCCACUGGUGGGAGCGAUGAGCACCAUGCCCGGCCUGCCCACCCGGCCCUGUUUCUACGACAUUGACCUCGAUCCGGUAACGGAGGAGAUCACCGGCCUCUUCUGAGCAGCCUCAAGGUUGGUUCUCAGGAUCCAUGACACUCGACCGUACGUCUGACACACUGUGAUGAUUUACUUUUCCUCAAAAGGCCAACACUCCCCGCAGCUGUUAAAGUGGCCUCACGUUAGCAGCCUUGUCCUCUAAUGCGUCUCGUUUUUGAUACUGGAGCACAUGCAGACCAAAAUACCUCAGGAUCCAAGCCGUUACACAGACAACCAACGUGAGCAACUCUCAGCUUAGUGAGGCAAUCCUGCAGGCGUAUGUUGCAUAACUAGUUUUGUGGUUUCAGGAGCGUUGAAUCCAACUGGAGAUCCCAGAAUCAUUCAUUUAAGUUAAAGCAACAUGUUCUGAGAACUAAUGUAUUUUAAGCUUUAGGUUAAUGCUCUGUUUGCACUUUUAUGUGAUAUGCCAACGAUCUCCAGCCAUGCCACAUUUCACAUCACUAUAUACGUUUUUAUGUCUCUGUCUGAGGUUUCAAAGUAUUAAGUGUUGGUGUCAGUCUGUUUCAUUUUUUUAAUAUUCAUUUUUAUUCCUUUUUUUUAUGGAGGAGAAAUCCACUCAAAUGUCUUGAUGAUGGUGCUAAAACACAUUUAAUCACUACGCUGCUGGUGAACGACCACAAACCUGUGAUAAUUGUGGCGUUCACUACCGGUAUAUGUGUGAAAUCAUUUAAAGAGAAUAACAAAUGUCAGCUUUAAUCAUUUCUGACUUAUUUUUUUUUAUUCUAAUACUCAUUUUGUGAUGUGUUUUUUUUAUUGUUAAGCUUUGUUUAUUUAUGUCAUCUUAUGGUCCAAAAUCAAGCAGACAUGGGUUCCCAGACCCUUUUUAUAUUGCCUCCACUGGCUGAGGUGACCUCUGUGUUUGUUUUUUAAAAUCUAGCCUCUGUUACACAAGUUGUGAAUGAAUUUAAUUGAAUCUGUUGUUCAAGGUUAAAGGACUUAAAAAAACAUGACUUUCAAAAAGCUGGAAUGGUGUUAAAAAAUGUUUUUUUACUCAUCUGAUAGAUGUAUGCUCAACAUUUUGGAUUUCAAUAAUCACAAGUGCCUUUUAAAAUAAAUCCUUUAUUGCCUCAGA